AUGGGCGUGGGCGGGUUGCGCGAGUCGCUGGUGGUGAGGCUGAUGGGGCCUGCGUUGGCUGUAGCGGAUGUGACUACAGAGGAGGGUGACGUCACACGAUGGCGAGUCACGUACCGCGUGUGGGACGCUGGAAACUACAGCGUUCUGGCCCAAUCAGAGUGCGACACGCUGGACUUUGCUCCCGACUACAUGGAGCGAGUCAAAAGCACGAAAUCUCAUGUCAUGGCUCAAUGGGUCCUCACUGUUCUCCCAUCCACCAAACCAGCUACCGAACCAGUUUCCGAACCAGCUACCAAACCAACUACCGAACCAUCCACCGAACCAGCUACCGAAUCAAUUGCCAAACCAGUUACGGAACCAGCUACUUCUGAUGACUCCCAACCCAGCAGCACAUUGCCUCGGGAUGCAAUGGACGGUCCAGAUUCGCCCUGUGACCAUUCCAUCCACGGCCGGUGGCUGUUCAGCCCACAACAGAAAGCCUACACAUGGCAGCUCUACCCCUGCGCGCACCCCCUCCCCCCCACCUCCCAAUGGCUCUCCGCCCUCCAAUCCCGAGGCAUCUCUGAAAUCAACUUUGUGGGAGACUCUCACGUGCGAUUCCUCUUCCACCACUUCUACUUCCUCCUCACUGGCAAGGCCAAUGCGUCCACUUACCAGUACCAUUGGGACAUUCAUUUGGUUGUGCCGCCCCCUAGCCCGGAGCUACAGCCUCUGAAGCUCAACUUUUACUGGAACGGAGGGAUGUUUGUCAACGGUUCCUUUGGCUGCAGGAAUGAGAACAUCACGUCAUUUGAAAUGCUCAAGUUCCCCAACAUUUCCACCACAGCCCAAGUGACGCUCGUGGAUGGCGCGGAUGUGACUGCAGAGGAGGGUGACGUCACGCGAUGGCGAGUCACGUACCGCGUGUGGGACGCUGGUAACUACAGCGUCCUGGUCCAAUCAGAGUGUGACACGUUGGACUUUGCUCCCGAUUACUUGGAGCGAGUCAAAAGCACGAAAUCGCAUGUCAUGGCACAGUGGAUCCUCACCGUCCUUCCGUCCACCAAAUCAGCUUCUGAACCAGCUGCUGCAGCUGAAUCUCAACUCAGCAGCAUAUUCUCUCAGGAGGCAACGGACGGUCCAGAUUCGCCCUGCGACCAUUCCAUCCACGGCCGGUGGCUGUUCAGCCCACAACAGAAAGCCUACACGUGGCAGCUCUACCCCUGCGCUCAACCUCUCCCCCCCACCUCACAAUGGCUCUCCGCCCUCCAAUCCCGGGGCAUUUCCGAGAUUAACUUUGUCGGGGACUCCCACUUGCGAUUCCUCUUCCACCAUCUCUACUUCCUUAUCACUGGGAAGGCCAAUGCAUCUACUGUGAAGCUUCACGGAGACAUCCGAUUGGUCGUGCCGCCGCCCAGUCCGGAGCUACAGCCCCUGAAGCUGAAUUUCUAUUGGAUCGGAGGGAUCUUCGUCGACGGUCAUUUUGGCUGCGUGUGA